AUGUUCCAAGCUGCCCAGGUUCUCUGUGGAGAUGAGAAACCCUAUAAAUGCACCGAGUGUGGGAAAGGCUUUGGGCAGGAGAAGAUCCUCCGAGAGCACCAGCGAAUCCACACAGGCGAGAGGCCUCACAAAUGCGCUCACUGCGGGAAAAGCUUCACCUGGAGCACCAGCCUGAUCAUGCACCAGCAGAUCCACACAGGCAGCAAGCUGCACGCCUGCACCACAUGCGAGAAGGGCUUCCAGAGGCGGCACAGCCUCCUGCAGCACCAUCUGCACACCGGCGAAAAGCCGCACACCUGCGCCCACUGCGGCCGCAGCUUUGUGGAGAAGCAGGCGCUGAAGAAGCACGAGAGCAUCCACACAGGGGAGACGCCCUUCACCUGCAGCAAGUGCGGGAAGAGCUUCCGGCAGAAGGGCAACCUGGUGUCACACGAGAGGAGCCACCUGGAGGAGAAGCCGCACCGAUGCCCUGAGUGCGGGAAGUGCUUCCGGGAGCAGCGCUUCCUGGCCAACCACCAGCGCACUCACACCCAGGAGCGGCCCUACCAGUGCCCCCAGUGCCAGAAGAGCUUCAGUGCCAAGCAGGGGCUCCUCGUCCACCAGCGCCUGCACACCGGGGAGCGGCCCUUCCAGUGCCCCCUCUGCGGGAGGAGCUUCACCGAGAGGAAGAACCUCAACAAGCACCAGCGGACGCACAGCGGGGAGACCCCCUACACCUGCGGGGAGUGCGGGAACAGCUACACCCAGAAGUACAGCCUGAAGGUACACCAGCGAACGCACAGCGAGGAGACUUCCCACACCUGCAGCGAGUGUGGGGAGAGCUUCAAGCAAAGGAACCACCUGGUGAGCCACCAGCGGAGCCACAAAGCCGGGAGCCUCUACAUCUGUGCCGAGUAUGGGGAGAGCUACAGCCAGUGGGCGCAUUUCACCGCCCAUGAGAGAAUCCACACCAGGCAGAGCCAGCCAGCGUGCACUGAAUAUCGGUAA